GUACCGAGUUUUAACUUAAGUAUUUCGUGUUGUGUUAUUCUAGGUUGUUGGAAGAGGAGCCUUUGGUGUGGUCUGCAAGGCAAAAUGGCGAGCUAAAGAUGUAGCCAUUAAGCAAAUAGAAAGUGAAUCUGAAAGAAAGGCCUUCAUUGUAGAGCUUCGACAACUGUCACGAGUAAACCAUCCCAAUAUUGUCAAGUUAUAUGGAGCCUGUCUAAACCCAGUGUGUCUUGUUAUGGAGUAUGCUGAAGGAGGUUCUCUGUACAAUGUUUGUGCCUUUGUUUUGCAGUGCUACAUGGUGCUGAACCUCUGCCUCAUUAUACUGCUGCACAUGCAAUGAGUUGGUGUUUACAGUGUUCCCAGGGAGUGGCGUAUCUCCACAGUAUGAAACCAAAGGCUCUAAUUCACAGAGACCUGAAACCACCAAAUUUGCUCUUGGUAGCUGGGGGGACAGUUCUAAAAAUCUGUGAUUUUGGUACAGCCUGUGAUAUUCAAACACACAUGACCAACAAUAAGGGAAGUGCUGCAUGGAUGGCACCUGAAGUUUUUGAAGGUAGCAAUUACAGUGAAAAAUGUGACGUUUUCAGUUGGGGUAUUAUUCUCUGGGAGGUAAUCACCCGUAGGAAACCUUUUGAUGAGAUUGGUGGUCCAGCUUUCCGCAUAAUGUGGGCAGUUCACAAUGGUACUCGGCCACCACUGAUCAAAAACUUACCUAAACCAAUUGAAAGUUUAAUGACCCGUUGUUGGUCCAAGGAUCCCUCACAACGACCUUCCAUGGAGGAAAUUGUUAAAAUAAUGACACACUUGAUGCGGUACUUUCCAGGAGCUGAUGAACCUCUGCAGUAUCCUUGCCAGUAUUCAGAUGAAGGCCAAAGCAACUCUGCCACUAGUACAGGUUCAUUCAUGGACAUCACUUCUACAAACACAAGCAACAAGAGUGAUGCUAACAUGGAACCAGGUGACUUCCAAGGAGCUUCUACCAAUGACACUAUUAAACGUUUAGAAUCAAAAUUGGCACAGCAAAUGAAAAAUACAGCCAAGCAGCCGGGUGAACCUGGCCGUUUGAGUUUACCCCCAUCUCGUGGGAGCAGUGUGGAGAGCUUGUCAGAUGUUCGUGGGCGACCACAGUCAGCCCUUGUUUCAGGAGAAGCGAAAAGGAUGAGUGCUGACAUGUCUGAAAUAGAAGCAAGAAUACCUUCUACCACAGCCUUUUCCAAGCCUAAACGAGGCCAUCGUAAAACUGCUUCAUUUGGCAACAUUCUGGAUGUCCCUGAGAUCAUCAUACCAGCAGGAAACGGACAGCAGAGGCGCAGAUCCAUUCAAGAUCUUACUGUUGCUGGAACAGAGUCCAGUCAGGAGAGUAGAAACAGCAGUAGGUCAUCUAGUCCUAGUGUGAGAAUGAUCACUACCUCGGGACCAACCUCUGAAAAGCCAACUCGUAAUCCAUGGACACCUGAUGAUGCAGCUGCUCUUGGAGAUAGCAUAGUCUUUGAGGGCAACACCUUAGUUUCUCUACCACGACUACUCUGUGGCAGGUGCUUUUGGGGUAUGGAGACCAAUGGGUCAGAUAACUCCAUCCCAAUGGCAUAUCUUACAUUAGAUCAUCAGUUACAGCCUCUAGCACCAUGUCCAAACUCCAAAGAAUCUAUGGCUGUGUUUGAACAGCACUGCAAAAUGGCACAAGAGUAUAUGAAAGUUCAGACAGAAAUUGCAUUGCUGUUGCAGAGGAAACAAGAACUAAUAGCAGAACUGGACCAGGACGAAAAAGACCAGCAAAACACAUCCCGUCUGGUACAAGAACAUAAAAAGCUCUUAGAUGAAAAUAAGAGUCUCUCAACUUACUAUCAGCAAUGCAAAAAACAAUUAGAGGUCAUCAGAAAUCAGCAACAGAAACGGCCAGGCACAUCAUGAUUUCCUGGGACCUUUCAAAUGAAAAAUAUGCACAGAAAAGACUGGUUUUUUUAUUGUUAUUAUUAUCCCUUAUUAUGACAACUCAUGAGUGUAAGCUUCUUGGUGUGGUCUGUAUUUGUCUGCUACACUUAACAUCAUUUAUUUUUUUCAUUUUCCUAUGGUGGACAUCCAGUUCAACAGGUUAAUCAGAUAAGGUGAGAAAACAGUGACUUGAAUUAACCAACAGCCCUCAAUGUAAAGCAAGAACAGUGGCUGUAUGCAUGCUCCUUGUGUGAAGGCUAGCCUAACAAGUGUUAGAGGCUGCGAAAUUGUAAGACCUUGGUUUUAGGUUUUGGUGUUACCUCGAUAAGAGCAAAACAAAAACUUUCCUGUUUAAGAAUGGUUUUGUUCCAGUGUCUCAUCUCAAGUUUAUAAUGAUGAUUAUUUUCAGGACAUAGACAUGCACCAAGCUGCAGAGGAGAUGUUGGCUGACCAGAGUAAUUCUUGAUGCAUUAGUGAUGCCUUUUACCUGUAGAAGUAGUAUAUUUUUUCCACAUGCAAAGUAAUAGUCAAACUGAUGCCAAUAUCCUUGGUUCAGUGCUUGAUAGCCCUGCAUUUUGACUAAUAUAUUUGUUGUAACCUUGCAUUCAUAAAAUAUUUGAAGUAAAAGGCUGUAUUUUCUUUACUUUCUUGGGGGGAAUGUCAUGCAGUUCUAUCUAGUUACUGGGAAAAGGUAUGAAUGUGAUUCACUGCGCAAAGUUUAUCCCCUGUAUAAAAGAUGGAAACAAAAUGUGCUUAAGUGUUUUAAACCUUCAAAACUUUUGUCACUGAAGCAUUCUUAAAAGGAAAUUCAGAAAGUAAAUUAAAACAAGAUUUUAAGUAUUCCCUUCAUACCACUUACUGGAAUAUUUUUUCUUCACAUCUUAAUUCCUCAAAAGUAUUUGCCAUAAAUGCAAGUAACUGUGUUUUGGAUAGGAAGAAAGAGACUCGGGGAAAUGAAUUUAUUUUAAAUAUCAAAUUAUGCAAUUGAAUUAAGUAUGGAAAUGACAGAAGCUAUUAAGAAAAUGGGGGAAAUAGCUUCAAUCUUCAUCAGGAAUCUCAGUUAUUCCACUCAUCUGAACAUACUUCCUUUGAAGUCCAUCUCAGAAUGCCUGUUGUCUUUGUGACUGAAGAAUUGCAUUUAAGGAAUUCAAGCAGAAUAUGUUAAUAGUAAUUAUCAGUGUCCUUAUUUACCAUUUCUACAUGGGAGAAAAUAACUACUCGUUUACAUUGCAGAUUGAUUAUUUGGUUUAUGUGUUAACUCCUAACUGGUAAAAAAAAAAUGAGGCAUUUCUAAAUAUAAUAGGAAAUUAUUCCUUACAUAAGCUCUUGGGGUACUCAGCUGUGGGCAGGGUUUUACCAUUCUUUUGCAAAGGAAAAAUAGAAAAUUGAAAUUUAGCUGCUGAGCCUUCAAAAUAUGAGAGGUAAUCUGAACUUCGAUUUCUGCAUACUUGAAAUUAAUAAUUAUUUGUAGGAGCCCAUUAGCAGAAGUUUGGAAAAAACAUUCAUUGUAAAAAUAUCACAGUAUUUUUCUCUUCCCCUUCCUGCCUACCUGAUAAUAAACAUCUUGUGAAUGUAUCUGUGAACAACAAAAGUGGCUGACAGUUUACUGAAUGGUGUCAUUCUGUCUUGAAAAUAAAUCUACUGUUGGCAAACCUUUGGGAGUAAGAAGUGCUUCCCUCUUUUACUUAAAUAAAGGAAGGGUUAUCAUUCCCCAAACCUUAGCAGAUAAUUUGAUUAGUUAGCUGAAACUGAUAUUGGGAUCAACUUAAGGGCACACAUAUUUAUAGCAAAAUGUAAUUGGUGGAGAAAAUAACUGUAGUAUUAGGAAUAGCACAAGUUAUCCAAAGCACUGCUGUUCUCAUACAUCUGUCCAUCUACCAAAAUGGACAUGCUCCGUGUUCAGCAGCUUGCUUAACAUAUGCUUAAGCAUCCAGUAGGGCAGCAUAAAUACCAAUGCUCAACUUGCGAUGCUUGGUUGAUAAUCACAUACACAAAAUCAUUUCCCAGGACAGUUUUUAUGGUUUGCCUCAUCAUAAAACAGAUUUGUUUAAAAUAAAUCAGCAUUGCAUGUGAAAAGUCACUUUAUGGCAAAGUCUGAAUAAUGGAAGUGAACGCAAUGCUAGCUUUAUGGUACCUAAUACAAACGUCACUUCUAACAGUUGUUUAUGAGUUUUCAGAGUUUACAUUAUAAAGGGUCUCAGAUUGUAAAAUAAGUGCUGUGCUACCAGUGCACUGUUGAACUCAGCUCCAUUCAAUAUUUAGGUUAUAUGCUGGUCUUGCAAUUUACAAAGGAAAUUUGGAGUUUGACCUUUGGCUUUCAAGUUGUCUCUUUCUUAAUUGUACCUUUUUUUAAUUAUUAUUUGCUUAUAAUUUUCAGUGAGGUGUUCUGUGUGGCAAAACUGGUGUAUCAAAAAAGUGUAGAACAUAGCAGUUUGGGCUACUAAGAGUUUAACAGCUUAAUUUUCUAGUGACUUUAUUUUUUUCUUAAGGCUCUUGUUUGAAAGUUGUUUACAAAUGUACUUUUAUUUUUCUGUUAAGCUAUCUGGAGUGUUCAGGAAGAUUUUCAUGUACUCUUUUGUCCAGUUAAAGCCGUUUCUCCAAUAAUGGAGGUGAAACAUCUAAUUUUGUCUGGGCAGUGCCUUCUCAGAAAACGUAACAGGCUCUGCUUUUUGUUAAAGUAUGUAUUCUGUAAGAUAUUGUAUAAUUGAAAGUAUGCAUCUGUACACUGUGCGGUUCUACCAAAAAUGCUUUUUUAGGCCUAUUUGUGUUUGUUUUUUUUUCUGAUGAGAAGUUAAAGAUUGUAAUUCAAAACUUGUAUAUAAAAUGGUGAAUGAUUUCAUAUGA